AUGGAAGCAAGUUUAAAGAGGCCGAGGAAACUCAAAAGUCUAGAAACAUGCAAUUGGACAACUGCUAUGGAUGAAGUUUUGCUUGAUGCAUAUUUGCAUCAACAAACAUUGGGAAAUAAAAAUGGUAAUAGUAUGACAACAAGCGCUAUGGAUAGCAUUCUUAAAGAAUUGAAGACUCACUUUCCGGACAAACCAAUUUCCAAAGAAAAAAUAAAAGAUCACAUGAAACACAUCAAAACAAAGUUCAAUUCUUGUUAUGACCUUUUCCAGAAUGGCUUGAGUGAGUUUGGAUGGGAUUCAACAACAAAUAUAUGGAUUGCGGAAGAUGAAGUUUGGAACAAGCUAAUUGAGGCAAAACCCGAAGCUGCUGAAUAA